AUGGAUCACAAUCUCUUGGAUAGUCUCCUUGAUCUGGAGGAGCAAUUCUACAAUGAGGGUUAUGCACUGGGGGCCGCAGAUGGAGCGACAACCGGGUAUACCGAAGGCAGCGUUUUCGCGGUCGAGAAAGGCUUCGAGAAGUUUGUCGAGAUGGGACGCCUGUACGGCAAGGCAUUAGUCUGGGCACAUAGGCUCGAGUUGAAAUCCUACGAAGGUGCUUCAGCGCAGGCGAAUAGCACAACGGAGACUCUUUCCCUGUGUCCUUCCAUCUGCGAAGGCAUGCCUAGUCUCCCGCCACACAGCACUCGACUGGCUAGGAAUCUCCAAACACUUCUUGAGCUCGUCGAUCCAGCUACUCUGGAUAUGAGUAAUGAGGAGGAAGCUGUUAAUGAUGUGGACGAACGUCUUAAAGGCGCGGCUACGAAGGCGAAGCUCAUCCAACGCGCAAUGGGCGAGCGCGAGGAUUCAACUUCUCAGAUCGAACCUAAGGACAUGUCAUCUUCUGGAGAUGGCACUGGGAGCAUUGAGGAUAUCAGUGCAUUGAGUAUCCGUCACUGA